AUAUGAAAGAGUUCGAUGGACUCUGGGAUCUAACAGUCAAUCCUUGACUUCGGUUGACUCUCGGUUCUUGCAAUCAGUAUUAAAAUAGAAGAAACAGAGAGGAAGGGAACCAUUUCCCCAUCUACUUGUAAUUGAUAAAACAAGAAGACAAAAAGAAAGAGACUUUCAGGGCCUCUUGGUGUUCUCUCUUGCUAUUCUUCUUCUCUCUAUCUCUCUCUGCAACCAGGAUAAAACGAACUAUGCCCAAGAAAAGAGAUCGAUUUUGGGAGUACGUGGAAGAUUUAAAUGGUCGUUUUAAGUGUAACUUUUGUCAAAAAGAAUUUUCUGGAGGGAUAUCAAGAAUCAAAUCACAUUUGUCUGGUAAAAAAGGUCGUAGUCGACAAAAAGUUAUUGAAAUUCUGUCUUUUUUAUUUUGUUACUCCGGAUGAGGUUUGAUCACAAGCUUUCAUUGACUUCGUGAAAGGGGUUAGUCAAUUUGGCCCCGAUUAUGAAGUGCCAAACAUGGUUGAGCACGCCAAGUUAGUCUUGGAUUAUGAUAGGGAAAUUUCGGAGUAUGUUCGAAAUGCUAAAGAAUCUUGGGUUGUAACAGGUUGUACAUUGAUGGUUGAUAUAGAGAAUGCCGAUGAACAUUCAUGUGUUAAUGUUUUUUCAUAUUGUCCAAAAGGGGUAGUGUUUUUAAAGUCAUCGGUAACCUCAAGGGAUCGGAUGACCUGGAUUUAUCUUAAAGACAUUGUGUCUUCUACAAUUGAUAAAAUUGGGGUCGACAAGGUUCUACAACUUAUCGUUGACAACGAUGAAGGUUUUGAUUUAACCGAAUACAUUCUUUUAGAGUAUCCUCAGGUGUACAAAACUAGAUGUGCAAUUCAUGGCAUUCAAUCACUUUUAAUGGAUUUAUUUUCAAAAGUUGAUUGGGUUCGAAGGGUUACCAUGGCUGGAAAAAUGAUUCUCUCUUAUAUAGAUAAGCGCCCUUUCAGUCUGUCUCGUCAAAUAGAAAAACACACAACAUACAAGAAAUUUGAACAUCCUUGUCUAGCUAGAUUUGCCUCCAACUUUUUGUUGCUCCACUCAAUUUCAGAAUUUGAAGCUGAAUUGAAGGACUUACAAUUACUAGAUGCAUCUUUAGAUUGGAAAAGCUUGGAUUUUAAUAUGCAAGAGUUGGCGAAGUGGGUUGCCACUGUCAUUGAGAGCACACCAUUUUGGACAUUAGUGGAAGAGGUGUUACAUAUUGUCGAUAUCCUAUUUCAAGUUCUCCGAUUAGUUAGUGGUGAUGCUCCUACUUCAGGUUACUUAUAUGAAGCAAUGAAAAAGGCAAGCACUGAAAUUAGGCAAUGUUGUAAUGAAGAUCAAGCCAAAUACAAGCUAAUUCUAGACUUGUUUGAAGAAAGAAAAAUGAAUGAUAUAAUUCAUCCAAUACAUGCAGCUGCAGCCUUUUUAAACCCUGACAUCAUGUGUAAUGAGAACUUCGUGGAGGAUCUUGAAAUGAAAGAAAGCAUAAGCUUUAUUGAGGAUAACUUGGUCGCUGCAAGUGAAAAACAAGCUUUUGCAGAACAGGUACAAUUGUAUCGCAUGAAAGCACCAAAUGUUUUCACAACUACAGCAUUGAAGAUGUCAAAAACAUCACAUCCACGUUUAUGGUGGCAUUAUUGUGGUGAGCAUCUACCAGUACUGAAAAAAUAUGCUGUAAGAAUUUUGAGCCAACCUUGUAGCUCAUCAUGCAAGAUAAAAAAGUUGAUGCCCAAGACAGAUGAUGACUAUACAAAGAUGAAUGUAUUGAUGAUGGAAAAAUUUGGAUGAUUUUCCACACUUUGAAUUAAUUUCUGAGGCAAUGGAGAAUGACAUGUUUGAUGAUCCACUCUGUCUAUGGCUACAGAAUGAGGUUGAUUUCAUAAAUUGGAACAUAACUCCAGAACAUGUAUUUUAAGUGUUUGAGGUAAUUUAGACAGAAGGGUUAUUAUUAUCUUCUUCUUCUUUAUUUGGUAGAUGAACAUGUAUGAUCCUUGCUAAUUUGAAAUGUUUCUUGGAAGUAUAUUAAUUUUUCGGAGAUCUUAUUAUCUUGUGAUAUUAAGAAGUUGAAAUUUGAUUUACA